UUCCAAGCUGUGGUCUUCGUGACGUCACCACAUAAUUAAAUAUGGCGGAUACGAUCCAGGAAGUGCAGCAAUUCUGACGCCAAAUCAGUGUUUUUAUCCUCUAAAACGGUCCAGAAGAAGACAAGCUCUGCACCAGACAGCAGAAACAGUGAGAGAAGACGUUGCACGCGGCUGCUAGGUCCGGCUCUGACGCUGCCUACGUGUUAAUGAAAAGACGGAGUCGGGGGAUGGUCGUGUGAUUUAUGUGGGUGGCUACCGGGACCGCCGCUGAUCAGGCGGGAAAGACGCAGGCAGACGCGGCACAAUAUGGGUGAGAUGGCAUCAGGAGGGAGGAUAGAUCGAUGGGUGUGCCCCAAUGAUAGACAGCUGGCCCUACGAGCAAAACUGAAUGCAGGAUGGUCCUUCCACACAGACAAGCUGACAUCGUUCCAGAAGCAGCCUCCGCUGAGCAAGGAGGAACAGGACGCCAUCCGCAAGGUCAUGGAGAAGGCAGACUUCAUGGAGCAGAUGGAGCAGGAACGAGUCGGCUGCCUGGUGGAUAGACUAGACAACAUGAAGAAAGCUGCCAAGGGCAAUGGAACUACACAGUGUGUCCUGUGUGGGGACGCUUUCAGGAUGCUGGGGUCCUCACCUCUCACAUGCUGCGACUGCAAAAAGCAUGUUUGUUCCAAAUGUGGAGUAGAGCUCACCACAAAGUUUGGCAGCCAAAGUUACCUGUGCAAGAUUUGUAGUGAGAGUAGAGAGAUGUGGAAACGCUCAGGAGCCUGGUUCUUUAAGGGGCUUCCUAAGUAUGUCCUGCCGUCUGAGCAGCAGAAGAAGGAUGAUCCUCGGGGCAAGGGUGGCGCCCGAGGGGGGUACGGGGGGCGCAAGGCUAGGGGUGGCAAGUCUUACAACACCUGGUCUAAAACUCGAGGAGGUAAGGGUGGAUCAGCGGAGUACAGCGAUGAAGAAGAAGAUGAGAGUUCAGAGGAUGAGAUCAGCCUGGGACGCAAACCCCGCGGGAGGGGCAGGGGCACAACAUUAGCAGCAGCAGCAGCAGCAACGGCUCCUCCUGUGGAGUCAGAUGCUGAUUCGGCCAGCAUCGGCAGCUACAACAGCAACCCGCUUUACGAUAGCCGAACCAGCAUCACCAGCGCAGGAGCCUACAACCAGCACAGUGCCACGGAGAGCAUGUACGGAGAUGUUGCUGAGGACGCACUGAGCGCUGGAAGCCCCAAGAUCCAGACAAUACAGGAAAGUCAAGAAAAGAAGGGAUCGUCAGGAGGCCUGAGUCGACACAGCUCAAUGCGUUCUCAGAGCAGCAUCCGGACCGACCGGUCCGACGGCGUAACAUGGAGGCAGAGCCGGGAAGACGAUUAUUACGAGGAUGAGUACGACGACGCUGGAGUCUACGUGGGACCUCCUCAACAUUCACAGCUUCCCGUGGACGAACAUGAUGUGUACAGUCCUGACUUUGAGGAGGAGGACACGACUCUCGGCUCCAUUGAGUUCUCCAUGCUGUACGAUCCCCACAACGCCGCCCUUCACGUUAACAUCAUCCGGGCUCGGGGUAUCAAGCCUAUGGACCACAAUGGGAUGUCUGACCCCUACGUCAAGUUACAUCUUCUACCCGGGGCCAGCAAGGCUAACAAGCUGCGAACAAAGACCUCAUACAAGACUCUGAACCCAAUCUUCAAUGAGACCCUUACCUACUACGGCAUGCGUGAUGAUGACAUACUUAGAAAGACCCUCAGACUGACAGUAUUUGAUGAGGAUAGGUUUGGCCACAAUGAGUUUAUUGGAGAGACUCGUGUCCAACUGAAGCGUCUAAAACCCAACCAGACCAGACAGUUCAACGUCUUCCUGGAGAAGAUGAUGCCUCUGGAGAAGGAUGACGACCUGAUGUACGAGCGCGGUCGUAUCCUGCUGUCGUUGAUGUACCGGUCGCAGCGGCAGCAGCUGGUGGUGGGAAUCAUGCGCUGUGCCCACCUGGCAGCCAUGGAUCCAAACGGAUACUCCGACCCUUAUGUAAAAGUGUACCUCAAGCCAGACUACAAGAAGGCAACUAAACACAAGACAAGGAUGCUGAAGAAAACUCUCAAUCCAGAAUUCAAUGAGGAAUUUGUGUAUGAUGUGAAGCUGAAUGAGCUUGCCAAGAAGACCCUGGAGAUCAGCGUGUGGGACUAUGACUAUGGCAAGCCGAAUGACUUCAUUGGUGCUGUACAGCUGGGUAUCCAGUCAAAGGGGGAGCGCCUGAAGCACUGGUUCGACUGCCUGAAGUACCCCGACCGCAGACACGAGCGCUGGCACGUGCUUAUCGAGGAGUUCGACCCCAUCACCACUCCCACCGACACCGUCCGAGAUUGAUACAUCACUCCGCAGAUUCAAACAUCUUAGACAUAUGUGAAAGCACUGCAAGGUUUAGCUAGGCAGUGGUGAAAUCAAACCCAGCAAUUCUAUGUACAAGGCUUUUGCUUGGAAGCAAUAAUACUUUUCCAUCAAUAUUUUUUAAUGUUGAAAUCAAUGUUUUAAUCAAUAGAAAAAUUGCACCGGCAUUUAUAUAAUGUCAUGCAAUUAUUGAGGACUACACAAGUCAUGAUAUUUCUGUUGAAGUGAUAGCUGUAGAUAGCUUUCAAUCUAUUAAUUGAUUUGUUUUUAUCUUACACACGGAAGGUUUUACUCAGAAGAGUGUUUUAUUGAUAAGAUUGCAAGAAGUUUCAUUCAGAAGCUGUCAAAGAGUUUUGUAAUAUAUAGUUUAUUAUAAGCAGAUGUUUUCAAGUUGAUUUGUUCAUUCUAAUGCUAAACAAGAGAUUGCUCACUACUUUCAGUGGUGCUUAGACUUUAGAAUAAUUACUGAAGAAAACAGAUAGAUGGAACCAUAGCUGAGUGAGGCAUAGAAAUGGCAAAUAUUUAAAGAACAGGGACGGAAAAGCAAGAUAUUUUAAAUAUUUCUGGUGGCUUUUAGAUUAACAACAGGACACAGCGGACAUUACAGUACAAGAUGAUUAGUCUGUUACAGUUACUGUUACUGUUUUAAAGGUUUUAAAGGACAGAUGAUCAUGAUUAUAGACCAUGAAAGAUGCAAUGACUGCAACUUUGCAGAGGGUGAUAGAGGAUGUACAUUUACAUGACAUGUAAUAUCAUAAUUUGAGAUACUGGAACAAUGUAACCACUAUAUAUGUCCACAAGUGUUAGCUCAGACUACUUUCUCUUGCAUAUUAUGAGCUUGGUACAACAUUCAUAAUCACAAUAAUUAUGUAUGUCUACUGGGUUAUCAUACAAAUGCUGAUUACUAGUGAACUUCAAUCUUCAUCAAGCAAUGAUUUUUGCAGCUCUUAACUUUCCAUCUGCUAAGAGUUACAAAGCAGCAAAAGCCGUAGAAUAGAAACUUGGUAAAGGAUUGAAAAAAUAGUUACAAAUCACUUAGAUGCAAAUAUUAGCAGCUUCUUCUGCAAAUAGGUUUUUUAAAGUUGUUGGUAGGAUAUGCAGACUAUGGCGUUUUUAGAAGCUGUUUCUUUUUAAAUUCUUAUUAGCAUACAAGAAUAUUGUGUGUUUUUAUAGUUUGAUAUUUCUUUAUGCUCUGUAUUUAUCUAGUGAAACAUUCUUCUAAAAACUUCUCAUUUUAUCCGUGAAGUACCAUGUAGUGUGUUGUAUUGUGUUAGCAUUGCUUUUGUUAAAGAUGUAUGGAAGCUUUUAAGGAAAAUAUAUUUCAAUGUGCUACAAGUAGUGAUACUCCAGGCAUGGCAAUGGCAUGGCAGCUACACGUUCAUGUGAUCACCAAAUACAACAUCCUGUAUUGCUUCAGUUUUAUCCUAAAUGUUUCUAUUUAACAUUGAUGAACCAUGGUGAAGUGGUCAACAACUGUGUAUAUACAAAUGUAUACUGUAUGUGCUUCAUGUUUUUGCUACUUUUACUCUCAUUUUGAGAGUUACUACUUAUCUUCUCAUAUUUAUUGAACACCUUUAUGAAGCUAUUUUGUGUGUGCAAGGUUUCAGCAAGACUGCCUCAAAUUUUAAACUAUUACUUGUAUUGACAUUAGGGUAAACAGCUUUUAAACUGUGUUAUAUAUUUAGUGUUGAAAGGUUUAGUUUUAUCGCAGCCAUAACUUUUCACAAAAUCUACUUCAAUCUGACAAAACACAAAGCACCAAAGGAUUCCAGAUGGAAAAACUCAAGAUAAUGACAAACUGUUUCAAAUUUUCUUCAAAGAUAGAUGUGUGACACAAUUUUAACACAAUUCUUCUUGAAGGGUUUAUGAUUUGCAAUGUUGGUAGCAUGAAGUGGACCACUUUCUAUCACAAAUAAGGGAUUUCAUGUAAUUCCCAUCAACUUAGCUAUUGUUUACUGUAGCCUUUCCAGAUUGCAUGUAAUUCACAUAGCAAAAAUUGGCAGAAACACUGCAGAUGUACCUUGCAUGCAAUUGUGAACUGAAUGUUUAAUAUUACAGAGCCAGGAAACAUUAAAGUAUCAUGCAAGGGUAAGAAUCCUUUCAGUCUGUUAUCAAACCUAUAGACAAAACGGCUGUGAAAAAAAGAAUGCAAAGAUGAGAUGUUAAGACACAGGAUAAAACUGGGGAAUAUGAUGUGAAAGAAGUUAGAAUCUUAAAGUGGAGGGUAAUAGUAGCAUUCGACAUAUCGCUGUUUAUGGAAUAAGGGUUUGGCUGAAACAGAGCAAAGAGGCAUGCACAAAGUAAAUUUUAAUUCUUGCAUUCACAAUCUCACAGAAUAACAAAGUGAGAAACUGUUGAUGCCUCAACAUGAUACUGCCACUUCUCAUCCCACCCACUAUGUCUGAGACUUUGCACUGCAUUGAGAAACUUCUAUCUAUUGGACCUACUGGUAUGUCUUUCAACAUUUGCCAUUGGCAGAAGCACCAAUCAAGAGGGUUGUACCAACCUCCUUGGUUGUACUUACAGACGUAAGAAUUAGACAUUGUGGUGUAGCAUAUUUGACUUUAUCAUUCUGCAUGUAACGUUAUAAUCAUAGGAGCAUGGCUGUCGCAGGAAUAAAUCAUUGGACAAUCAUG